AGCCGUUGUAACCGCACAGAGCGAAGGCUAGAGAUAUUCAACCUAUUCAUUUUGAGCAAUGGAUAAGGAGCAAGCAGUUCGAGAGGAUAUGAAAAAGGUUUCUCCAAUAUACAGAGAAUGGUUAAGCAACAGAAAGGAAGCGAAAAAACAACUUCUUCUGCUWGCAGAUAAAAUMAACAAACACAACAGAAAUACCAACAUUGCUAAGGUCACAGGAACAUCCGCAUGCGUUGUWGGGRCAGGUCUUGCUGUCGGAGGUUUUGUUUCUGCUUUCUUCACGUUUGGAGCUUCUUUGAUUGUURGUGGAGUAGCCAUUGGUAUCAGUAGCGCUGGUGGAUUAACUACCGCUGGUUCUGGGAUUGYCCUUUACCUCUUAAACAGGAAUAUAUUCAAAAAAGCCCAAAAGGYCAUUGAUCRAGAUCARGARUUAACGAAUAAAUUGACCACAUCCCUAAACGACUUGAGUCAGGAGACCUUAAGGAUUAUGAGGGAUCAACARGAGCUGGAAAUGUCUAUUAUGGACACUGUCCUCCUUACAACGAAUGCAGGCCGGUUGGGAAAAAUUAUUAGCAAAGAUGUUAUCUAUGAUUUCGUUGCCAUUGCAAAGUUGGUCAAGAUUGCCGCACGCACGGUUGAUAAAACAGCUGCAACAACUGCUUUUAGGGUCAUGUCAGGAGUAUCAAGGGUCUUUCAUAUCGCGGGAUUUGCUAUUGGAUUAGCACUUUUGCCCUUCGAUUUAUACACUCUAGUAACAUCAUCCAUUAGUCUGCACAAGGGCAAUACAUCAGAUGCAGAGGRAAAAAUCAGAGAAAUUGYAAAAGAAAUGGUUUGCSACKAAAAAGAGAAGGAACAAGAGAAGAAGGCAGAAAUGAAGAGGGUAGAAGAAAAUUAUGAAAGUCCUAAAAAGAAAACCUAAAAGUAUCUAUAUAUGCAAUGGAAUUUCUUACCAAAGGGACUAUAUAAACAUAAUACAAUGUUUUUAUGACCAUACUAUAGCAGAUCAAUAGAUAGUGAGAUGGUGAUUACCAUCAAAUCACAUGGCGGAAGCAUAAAUUUUGAAUCCGAAACAGAUGAAGGGAAAUAUAGACGCAAAUUCCCUAAUAUUCAAAAUCGAUUGGACUCAAAAGACACGUCUACAAUCAUGUAUCAAGCUCCCAUCAGUUUUAGAGACAAAGCUCGCAAAUGUAACCAGUAGAAUUGUCAUCAGCUAUUUUGUUYUUAUGCUCAGAGGAAGUGCUGUAUAGUCGCAUCUCCCUUUUUAGAAAGUAAAAUAACGAAUUUAAAUGUCUAUUGAUAGACUAGUGCGGACGCUAUAUAAUUGUAGACAGACUAAAUAAAAUACAAUUGUAAAUCUACUAGAUAUAUUYAUGUUAUUGACUCGGGAGUUGAUUUUUGGUUGAGAUUCUGUAGUAAUGCACUAGUCAAAGUAAACCCCACCCCAACCCGGGACAGGGUAGGGACUAUGUGGGGCUUGGGAUCACAUUUGACCAGCAACGAUGCCCAAGCCCUGGGGAUAAAGUGAAUAUUUUACGAGUAGGGGAAUAGUGGGGCAUUAGGUCGGGAUUGGUCAAAUAAUUAUAAAAGGCCUGGGAGACUUUUAAUGCACCUUGGACUUCCCUUUUUAUUUCAUUUUGCUUGUGUAGGAGUUAAUGUUGCUCAAACAGGUCAAAUAUG